AAUAGAAGAGAGGGAGGAAAAAAAUAAUAAUACAUGUUACAACACAUUCAUCUGGCAAAUCCCUGUUUGGGAGUACGUGGAGCUGGUGUGUGCUCUGCAGGGGCAAGCAUUUGGGCUCCAGGCCUCCACCAGCCACCCUCCUGGAAUAAAAAUCGCCUCCCCUGAAAGCAUUGCAGAGAUGGGAUCCCUAUUUUUAGGCAAACAGCGGACACCUCACCUUGUCCUGGCUCUGCCAGACCUUGCAGCUCCCCUUCACUUGCAAAUUCAGGCUCUGGCCCCGGGGCUGCUGCUCCCAGCAAAGCUCCAUCUUCACUUCCGCAGGUACUGCCUCACUGGGCUAUGAAAGCAGAACGGUCUUGGCUUGAGAUAAACACCAAUUGCAUUCAAAACACCACCACAAUCAUCCCAGCCAGCCUUGGGGUGGACCUCCAUCCAUCCAUCUGCCCAUCCAUCAUCUCAGCUACUGUCAGGAUGCAAAGUCAAGUCUAAUGUUACCCAUACACAGCUCAACCCAUAUUUAGAGAAGCUAUUUUUUUCCAGUUCCCUAUGCCUAUUAUUUUUUAGCCCCCCUAAAAUAAGCUGCACAUGCUUAUGAUGGCAUCCCCAAAGUGCAGGGUGCAGAGGCAGGCCACUGUCCCCACCGCAUGGGCACCCCGUAGCAGCAAGCUUGGCUCACCGGGCCAAUGCACUGCAGAGAAAAACAUACAGAAAAAGCCAGAAAUUUCUCAAACAGGCACUAGCUGGUUUUUAUUUCAUUUCAGCAGCAGCUAGCACUCCUGACCCCACAAACUUUCCUGUGGCACAACCGGUCCAUGCCCGGUGUGUGGCUCUCCCCAGAGCACAGCUUUCCCUUCAGCAGCAUCCCCAAAGCAAACCCCACUUUCCCUUAGCUCGUGGUUACACCUGGUUCAUAUCCUUGUCGACCUGAUGCCCUCUGGAACCUCAUCCUGUGCCACCAGCCUCACAGGCUCCCCACUUUGCGCGGUGCCAUUGCAGGGCAGGACUGUCCCGGAGGAUUGCCGCGAGGCGAGAGAAUGAAGAAGCCAGUCGGGGGGCAGCAGGAUGGGGCGGCAGGACCUCCCGCGCGCUGAUGGGCCCCCGCUGAUGCUCCCAUGGCCACUGGCCCUUCUGGCCUUGAGCACGUGCUGCCGCUGGGGGGUGACCGGUGUGGCGGGCAGCACAGUGCCCCAGCAGCAUGCUGCCCCCGCAACGCCUUCCUCCUCAUCAUCAUCCUCCUCUUCCUCUGGCCGGGCACCCCUCGACUGGCUCCUCACCGACCGCGGACCCUUUUACCGAGCCCAGGAGUACGUGGACUUCAUGGAGCGCUACCGGCAAGGUUUCACCACCAGGUACAGGAUCUACAGAGAGUUUGCUCGUUGGAAGGUGAAUAAUUUGGCCCUGGAGAGGAGAGACUUCUUUGGCCUGCCACUUCCCUUGGCCCCUGAAUUCAUCCGCAACAUCCGCCUGCUGGGACGCCGACCCAGUCCCCAGCAGAUCACCGACAGCCUCAUCAAAAAGUAUGGGACCCACUUCUUGCUCGCCGCCACACUGGGAGGAGAGGAGUCCCUGACCAUAUUUGUGGACAAGCGCAAGCUGAACCGGAGAGCAGAACCCACCGGGGGAGCCGGGAACAGCUCGGGGGUCUCACUGGAGACCUUGCACCAGCUGGCAGCCUCCUACUUCAUCGACCGGGAGAGCACGCUGCGCCGCCUCCACCACAUCCAGAUCGCCACGGCUGCCAUCAAGGUGACCGAAACACGGACGGGGCCGCUUGGCUGCAGCAACUAUGACAACCUGGAUUCAGUGAGCUCCGUCCUGGUGCAGAGCCCCGAGAACAAAGUGCAGCUCCAAGGGCUGCAGACGGUGCUCCCCUCCUACCUGCGGGAAAGGUUCGUGGCAGCUGCCCUCAGCUACAUCGCCUGCAGCUCGGCGGGGGAGCUGGUGUGCCACCGGAGCGACUGCCACUGCCAGUGCCAGCCCACCUUCCCCCGCUGCAACUGCCCUGAGGCUGACGUCCAGGCACUGGAGAACAGCCUGACCCAGCUCCAGCGAGCCUGGGAGAGCCACCACGCCCAGUUUGAGGAGUCAGAGGAGUUUCAGGCCCUGGUGAAGAGGCUCCCUGGGGACCGUUUCCUGAACAGGACAGUCAUCUCCCACUUCUGGGCCAUGGAUCUGGACGUCCAGCAUCGCUACCAGCAGCUGGGCACCAGCUUGAAGCUGCUCUCCAGGAAAACACACCGACUCAUCCGGCGGCUCUUCAACCUCAGCAAACGCUGCCACCAGCAACCUCGCUUCAAACUGCCAAAGGAGAGGUCCCUCCCUUACUGGUGGAGCCGCGCACAGUCACUCCUGUACUGCAGCGAGACCACUGUGCCUGGGACCUUCCUGGAGGAAAGCCACAGCUGCACGUGUCCCCCUGACCAGCCCUCCUGCCAGGGCUCCAUACCGUGUGCCUUGGGUGAGGGGCCAGCCUGCGCCAGCUGUGCCGAGGACAACAGCACCCGCUGUGGGACCUGCAACCACGGCUACGUGCUCGCCCAGGGCUUCUGCCGCCCUGAGGUGGCUGACUCGCUGGAGCACUAUCUGGGGCUAGAGACAGACCUGCAGGACUUGGAGCUCAAAUACCUUCUGCAGAAACGGGACAGCCGCAUUGAGGUUCACUCCAUCUUCAUCAGCAAUGACAUGCGCCUGGGAAGCUGGUUUGACCCCUCCUGGAGGAAGCGCAUGCUCUUGACCCUGAAGAGCAACAAGUACAAGCCUGGGCUGGUUCAUGUGAUGUUGGCCCUCUCCCUGCAGAUUUGCCUCACCAAGAACAGCACACUGGAGCCUGUCAUGGCCAUUUACGUCAACCCCUUUGGGGGAAGCCACUCGGAGAGCUGGUUCAUGCCCGUCAAUGAGGGCAGCUUCCCAGACUGGGAAAGGACUACUGUAGAUGCCUCUGCCCAGUGUCAAAACUGGACGCUCACCUUGGGCAACAAGUGGAAGACCUUCUUUGAAACGGUACACGUCUACUUGCGGAGCCGCAUCAAAUCUCUGGAUGACAGCUCCAACGAGACGAUCUACUAUGAACCCUUGGAGAUGGCAGAUCCCUCCAAGAACCUGGGGUACAUGAAAAUCAACAGCUUGCAAGUCUUUGGCUACAGCCUGCCCUUUGAACCGGAUGCUAUUCGUGACCUGAUCCUUCAGCUGGACUACCCCUAUACCCAGGGCUCCCAGGACUCAGCCAUGCUCCAGCUGUUGGAGAUCAGGGACAGGGUGAACAGGUUGUCACCCCCUGGCAAAACACGCCUCGACCUCUUCACGUGCUUGCUCCGCCACAGGCUCAAGUUGGCCAACAAUGAGGUGGUGAGGAUCCAAUCCUCCCUGAGGGCCUUCAAUGCCAAGCUGCCCAACACGGUAGAACAGGAGAUGGGCAAGCUGUGCAGCUAACAGCCAGAGCUGCUCCAAUCUCAGAGCGAGGGGACCAGGAGAAAGGACUCCCCGGGGCAGGCGCAAAAAAAAAAAACAACCUAAAAAAUUAAAUCAAGGCCUUACCUUAGUGCCAACUGCGUGCUUCCAUGGUACACCCAGCGACUGGCCAAAGAGAUGCAGGGCUUGAGCAGACGGAGGACACUAUGGAGGAGGGAUGGCUCACGCAGCACAGACUGGCUCUGAGCGUGGGGACGAUGCCAGCACAGCUGCCCUGUCAGUGGCUGGGGGAAUGUGGCCUGGCCAGAGGCAGCUGCUGGCCCUGAUGGAGUAGAUGCCCAACCCGCCAUGAGGAUCCUCCAGCGGCAGUCUCCUCAGCAUCCCAACUUUUGUAGUCUUUUUAAGAGAGGUUUCUACCAGCGCCUUCGCUUUGGCAUCACCUAAGACCCUUCCUGUAUCCAUGCCCUCACACGUGGCAUUGUGGGGGACCACACCACAGGCCCUUGAGACCCAGCAGAUCUCUCCUGGGGCCUCUCCACAAGCAUCUCAUGCCUGCUGUGGUACCGAGGCAUCAUCACCCCUUGCGUGGGAAGGACCUGGCACCCACCCCAUGGAGGCUGCCAUCACAGACAGCAGGGGGAGAUCUCUGGGCUGCAAUUCCUUACAAAAGAAAAAAAAAAAAACUAAAACAAAAGAAAGAAAAA